AUACAUACAUACAGAUACGUCCGGAAAUAUACCCACGUGGUGAUUUGAUCACUACGUCAUCGGGUGGACAGAAUUAGUAUGAUCUUGAAGAAGAAGAUUGCUGCAACUCCGUUUGGAUUCUCCAGUUGCAAAACCUUCUCGGCUUUAACUACCGGUCGGAUAGACUCCUAUUCCCAUUCCAGGGACUUGAGCAGCUGUUUCAAAUCGGGCAAAGUUCUGGAAGCCGAGAAGCUGUUCGACCAAAUUCCCGAAAGAAACGUCGUGACCUGGUCUAUUCUCGUCCAUGGCUACGCCAUUAACGGGUUUUACCGGAAAUGCCUUGGAUCGUUUUCCCGGAUGCGGUCUCUGGGUUUUGUUCCAAAUUCCUUCACUUUAGUCGGUGUUCUUGUCGGAGUACAGAAUCUAAGAGAUCCUGUCCUGGUGCAACAUGUUCACGGAUUGAUUCUAAGACAUGGGUUGGAUCCUGACCCAGUUGUUGCCACCGCGUUGUUGGAUUCGUACGCGAAAUGCGGAAGCUUGGAAGAUACUUGUAAAGUUUUCGACAUGAUGAAGAACCCAGGUCUAGUAUCAUGUAACGCAAUGAUUUCAGGGUAUCUUCAGAACGAGCUGUCUGAACAAGGCAUAUCGCUGUUCAACAGAUUGAGGAGGACUGGUUUUUCUCCUAAUGCCUCAACGUUGAUGAGUGUGAUUAAGUGUUGCAUCAAUUUAGAGAUGGAAAGAUUGUGCAAAUCCAUUCACGGGUUAGUGGUGAAAUCCGGUUUUGAUUCUGAGUUAUCGGUCAAUAACUCGGUCCUCGAUAUGUAUUCUUCUUUGACAGACUUGGAUGGAGCGAUUACAGCCUUUGAAAAUAUGGAGCAGAAAGAUGUUAUAUGCAAGACAACAAUGAUUAGUUUGCUGAUCAAACUUGAUUAUGCUAAUGCUGCAAUAAAUCUUUUUGUAAGAAUGAGAGAUGGCAAUGUGAAUCUUGAUGCAGUAAUGGCUGUGAAUCUUGUUUCAGCUUGUACAGUUCUUGGGGAUUUGAGGAGAGGAAAGCAGAUUCAUGGUCAAGCCAUUGUUUGUGGGUUUGAGCUUGAAACCCAUCUGGCAAAUUCCCUCAUGACAAUGUAUUCCAAAUGCAGAGACUUGGAUUCUUCAAUGGAUGUCUUCUGUCGGAUGAGCAGACAGAGUUUGGUUUCUUGGACAGCGGUUAUCUCCGGGCAUCUUCAUAACGGUCAACCGAAAUUGGCUCUGGAGCUUUUUAUGGAGCUCAUGCUUCGAAAAGAUUACACCUUGGACUCAGCCCUAAUCACCAAUGUUAUAACAGCUUCAGGAGAUGUAGCCGCAUUUGAACUCUGUCUACAGCUUCAUUGUUUGGCAUUUAAGGUCGGUUCCACCAGCGAAAGAUCCGUUCAAAAUAGUCUCACCUCAGCGUAUUCCAACUGCGGGAAUAUGGAUUUCUCCCGAAGUGUCUUCGAGGAAAUGGGUUGUCUCCGCAAUAUAAUCUCUUGGAAUGCAAUUAUAAACGGGUAUGGAAUCAAUGGCCUAGGAGAAGCUGCUCUUGCCCUUUAUGAUGAGAUGAGAACGGCAGGUGAAAGACCCGAUAGCGUUACAUACUUGUGUCUGUUGCGUGCCUGUAGUCAUUCCGGGCUGAUAAAGGAAGGUCUUUCCAUAUUCAACGAGCUUUCAGGAGAUGAGAACUUGAAACUGGAGAAUGAACACCAAGGAUGUGUCAUCGACAUGCUUGCAAGGGCUGGCUGCUUGACCGAGGCACGAGAGUUCAUCAACGAGCAUCUCGAUACACUGAAUCCCGAAAAUUUGAGAGCUCUCCUUAGUGGUUGUGGGUUGCAUGGAGAUGUGGAACUGGCUGAAACACUGGUGAAAAGGUUGUCCAAACAAGGCAUUAUGGAAUCAGUAGACACUGUCCUUCUUUCAAAUGUAUAUGCAUCAGUUGGGAGAUUUCAAGAUGCUGAAGCGUUGAGAUUGAGUAUGGACCAAAGAGGACUGAGGAAAAAGGCAGGUAUUAGCACAUUGUAGAAUGAAGCAGAGUUCAACCGCCAGAUAAGUUCAAGCUUUGUCACCCCCUACGCCAACAGGCAACCCUUUGUAUGUUUUUUUUUUUGCAUAUUGCUUUGUAACUGGGGCUCAUUCUCUAGCAGCUGUUCGGUGUAAUAUUCAGUGUAAGAAUGAUAGAUACUAUGUUCCUGGUUCAUCUUGAACUCUGUUUCUGGCGUUGUUUCCUAA